AGGCUUCCACUAUUAAUACCCUAAGUCUUCUUAGUUUACCACAUUGCCUUCACAUCCAAACCCAAAUGCAAAUCUUUCUCUCCUCUCUUCCUUCAAAGACUCUCAUUACAAGACCCUAAUAAAUAUAUAAUCUUUCCUUUGCUGAUGCUGACUAUAUCUUUAACAAUGUUCUGACCUUUUGAAGCAUAUUAAGAUCAAAGUCUACUGCUUUCAGUUGUGUGGCUCUUUGUCCCCAAAUCAAGCACAGUUUGCAACACUUUUUGUACAAGACCUAAUAAUAAAAUGGAAAUUGCAAGUCAAGAAGAUCAUGAUAUACCCAUUCCAUUAAGCACUACAUUUGUUGGUAGUGGUGGCGGUCAUGGUCACAUGAUCCAUCAUCAUCAUGAUCAUCAUGCUUCUGAUUCUGCUCCUCCAACUCACAACCACAACAACAUUACUACUACUCAACCACCACAAAUGCAGUUACAUGGUAAUGGAAAUGGCAACAGUAAUGAUCAUCAUCAUCAAGAUCCUCAUCAUGUUGGUUACAACGCAAUCAUGAAGAAGCCUAUGAUAAAGUACAAGGAAUGUCUCAAGAACCAUGCAGCAGCAAUGGGAGGCAAUGCCACUGAUGGGUGUGGAGAGUUUAUGCCUAGUGGUGAAGAUGGCUCCAUUGAAGCUCUCACUUGCUCAGUUUGCAAUUGCCACAGAAAUUUCCAUAGGAAAGAAGUCGAAGGUGAAACAACCGCCACCGCCAUUUCCUCUUACCACCAACCUCCUCCACCACGAAAACUCAUCGUCAACCACCGUAAUAUAAGCUCAACCAUGCCUCACCAAAUGAUCAUGCCGAUAGGAGUUUCUAACUAUCGGUACAUGCAUAACUUGGAGUCCGGUGACUUCAUGGAACAAGACGGCGUAACCACCGCGUCUAGACCCCCACCUUACAAUCAGAAGAAGAGGUUUAGGACGAAGUUCACGCCGGAUCAGAAAGAGAAGAUGCUGAGUUUUGCUGAGAAGGUUGGGUGGAAGAUACAAAGGCAAGAAGAUUGCGUUGUUCAGAGAUUUUGUGAAGAGAUUGGAGUGAAGAGAAGAGUCCUUAAGGUUUGGAUGCACAACAACAAGCUACAUUUUUCCAAUAAGAACACUAGCAACAACAUUAACCUCGAAGGCAACGACAAUAACAAGAUCAACAACGUUAACAAUGUUGAUGUGUCCGGUAAUAACGACAUGAUUUAAUAUUAAUAUUACUUUUUUUUUAAUGAUUUGAUUAUGAUAAGUCAUCUUUAUGUGAGCUACUAGGGUUUGAAUCUUAUUUUCUAGUAAGUGUGGGGUUAUAUUUAUAUAUAAACUCGUUUUGCUAUUUAUCUUUUAUUUUCUGGUCGAUGUAGUGUCUAUUUUCCUUUUGGAAUUUAUAUAUAUUGAACUUCUUGUAAUAAAUGUAUGACCAGUCGUUUUUGUUUUU